AUGUCUAACUACUAUCAACAAGGUCCACCACCCCCACAAGGAGGCUACUACCAACAAGGUCCACCACAAGGUUACUAUCAACAACAGCAACCAAUGUACGUUCAACAACAACCACAACAACGAAAUGGGGGAUGUUGUGCCUCAUGUUGUGGAUGCUGUACUGCUAUACUUUGCUGCUGCUGUGCUGAAGAAUGUGCAGACAUGUUGUGUUAA